AUGACGUUUGGCCAAAACUCAGCGGUCACGUGGAUCAGCGAGGCUCAAGUAGUUAAAAGAGAGAAGAAAAAACCAGGCAUUAUGGACAAGAUCCCGGACCAGAUGAAGGGUGCCCAGCAGCCCGGUGACGCCAAGAACACAGCCAAAAAGUUCACUGAUCAAGGCCAGAGCAAGGUCGAUGAGUUUAAGCAGAAGGGCCAGGAGGCUGCCCAGUCUGUCAAGGAUGCCGCAUCCAACGUCACAGGUAGUGUACCAGGCGGUUCGUUCUCCCACCGAAUCCGGUUCUGGUUUUUAUUUAGCCCCUUUAUCAGAUAUUGUUUCUUAGAAUGA